UCCAAGUCAAAGCUACCCUACACUCAUAUAUGUUAAACCCCAAUUUUUCAUUCCUUAUUGGGUGCCGCUGCUAAACCCUCCCGCUUUUCUUUGAGCAAUGGCGGAUGAGAUAAGUUCUGACUAUGGCGAUGGGUUUAAUCCAAAAUUCUCACCAUCCGAGAACUCACAGUCUUCUUGUAAACCGAUUGAUUCUGCCUUUAAGAUCUCUGCCGACGACAAGACCUUCCCUUUGAUCGUCUCGAAUCAAAACCAGGACUCUGAAGUCAUAAACAGUGCGGCUUCCGCUUCUACCCAAGAAAACCCAGAAACUUCUGUCCACAAGAAAUCGGCUUGUGGGUCUUCUGAAAACGGAGGAAAUAUGGGAAGUCUGGUGGUGGGCAAGAUUCAGAAUCUUGAUGUGGAGCUCAGAAAAGAACCUCUCAAGGUGGAUGCUGUCCAUGAUUUUGAAACGCUCGAUGCCGUGGAAGAUGGUAAGCAAGAUGUUGCGAUCGAUGAAGUAGAGAAAGAUUUUGCAAGAAGUGUGCUAAGUUUUGAUGGGAAUCUAGACUGUUCGAAGGAAGAACUUGUACAAGAAGUUCAGUUGGCUGCUGACAAAGAAGCAUUUGCACGAACGGAGGAGUUGUUGAAGAAAGAAACGGAUCCUGAGAGCAUUUUGGAAAUUAAAAAGAAAUUACUAUUGGAAGAACUCGAUGCCAUGUUGGUUCCUGGAGAUCAAAUUCAUCUAGAGAAGGGAAACAACCCCCCUAGCUCAAGAGGGAGUGUGGAUAGUUGCAGCAAAACGAUUCUUAUUGAUGAGGAGAAGAUUGCUGAUCGGCAAAAUGAUUCUGAAAAGAUGAAUGUUCUCAGACGAAGUCAUUUGUCUCUCAGAAAUUCAUUGAAGAUUGAAGUAAUAGACGAAACAGCAUUAGUUGAACCGGUUCAUGUCUCCAAAAUUGGAAAUGGAGAAGGGAUUGGUAUUGUGUGUCCACAAAGGUCAAUGCAGAUGAAGGUGAACAAAUCCCAUGAACCUGAUAGAGGAGGGAAAAAGGCUAAACGAUCGAGGAGGAAGGCAAGGGAAGCGAAGGUCUCUGAGAUGAAUUGGAAUCUGGGGAAUGUGAAUGAACUUGAUAAAGUCAAUGGACGCCAAAAAAUUGCGGAAGGAAACAAGAUAGUGUAUUCAAGGAAAGAUAUGGAAGCACUGAGGUUUGUGAAUGUUGCAGAACAGAGGAGAUUGUGGAAAGCUAUAUGCAAGGAACUUUUGCCCGGUGUGGCAAGGGAAUACAGUAGUUUAACAAGCUCGAAUUACCCAAUGAAGAUUGGCUCCACCUCUGAUCCUAGGCAACCUUUAGUUAAGAGAGAAGAAGCCUCUUCAAUUAUAAGGGAGGGAUGUUCAGAAAGCUUGGAUGGUGAGAUAGAGGACAUGGAAGGUGAUAAUGAAAGUACAAACUUUGUAAUUUUGGAACCCUCUUGCAGUCAUAGUGUCAGCGAAGAUAGGGAUGAGGAUAAAUAUUACCAAAGUAUUCAGAGACCUGCCUUUCUGGUGGAGGGAGAACCCAAUUUUGAUUCAGGACCUCCAGAAGAUGGACUAGAAUAUCUUAGACGCGUCAGGUGGGAAGCUUCCCAUAUUCCAAAUGUGACGUUGGCAAAAGUUGAUAGAAGUAAUUUUAAGAAAGAGCAAAGUGUUUAUAUGCCCGUUAUCCCUGGGAUUGCCAAGUGCCCCGACCAUUUACUGCCUUCAAAAGAGUGGGAGAAUGCAUUUCUUGCUGAUUUUUCUAACCUGCGUGAGGCUCUAUCACACUCUGAAGAAUUUGAGCAGUCUGAUUUCAUCCUCCAUGAAAAGAUUGAUUCUGCAAUUCCUGACUUGAUUGCUCAGCCAAGGGUCUUGCCUGCCUACAACAUCGACUCGCAUCAAACUGAGGAAUCAAAUGGCAGCACUUCAGCAAAGGAAAAUAGUUGCAACGAUUAUCCAUCUUUAUCAGCAAUCUCAAAGAUGAACUCUGUGUUUCGUGUUUCAUCGUUGAAGAAACGUAUAAACUCAUUAGAAACACAAACAACAUUGUCAAAGACCGAUUGUCUUUGGCUGUUUGCUUUGAGUGCAGCAGUUGAUACUCCUCUGGAUGCAGAUACUUGUGCUGCUUUCAGAAGUCUACUUCGGAAAUGUGCCAGCUUGCGGGCCAAGAAGACCGAGCUUGACGACGAGGUUAUAAUGCUUAAUAUCCUUUCCACCAUUUCUGGAAGGUACUUUGGACAGUCGGAAAAUUGAAGCUAUUAUGUUCACUUCUGUCUUUGAAACCUUGAGGAGUCUGAUUGACAAUGGAAUUUGUAAAUUAGUUGUUCUUUCUGUUUCAUGAAAAAAUCAAAGUGUGUUAAGGAUUUUAUUUCUUUGGAUCAUGUUAUCAAUCCAUAUUUGAUGAUUUAGUAGAAAGAUUACCUUAUUAAUUA